AUGGUGAUGUUGUGGAAUGAGGAAGAAGUGAAUAUUCAGACAACUUCUCAAUCCAGGUGGCCAAUUCACGCAGUGGUUACUGCGAAAUUUCACAGGCCAUGGAUUAUGUCAACAAUUUAUGCAAGCACUAAUAAAGUGUGUAGGAAAAGACUGUGGGAUGAAGUGAAUGGUGUUGGUGGAAUUCAAGAUACUGAACGGAUGGUAAUGGGUGAUCUGAAUACUAUCGGUAGUGGGAAAGAAAAGGUUGGAGGGAGAAAGCCCACUGCAAAUCAGCUUGAGGAACUCAAAAAUGUGAUGAAUAAAAAUGGACUUAUUGACCUGGGUGCUCAUGGACCAAAGUGGACCUGGAAAAAUAAGCGUGUAAGCCUGGCUAAUAUAAAAGAAAGACUGAGUAGGGUUAUGGCUAAUGUUAUGUGGUGCAACAGGUUUGCUAAUGCCCAGGUAUCGCAUCUUCCUUAUUUUAAUUCUGAUCAUAGGGUUAUUUUAGUUGAUCUUGAGCCUAAAAAGGAAUUUAGACAUAGGCCAUAUAGACUAUAG